AUGGCUUCCUCUGUCGAUUCCACUGCACUCGAGCUUUCUCAGCUUGGAAUCAAUGAAGAUUUCGUUUCCUCUGUUCCUAAUUUACGGAAGAAUCUCCACCUUCUAUCUCCUGAACAGAUUGAAUUGGUGAAGAUAUUGUUGGAAAUGGGGCAGAGUCAUCUUUUUGAACAUUGGGCCGAGCCUGGCGUUGAUGAUAAUGAAAAGAAGGCUUUCUUCGACCAGGUUGCUCGGCUUAAUUCUAGCUAUCCUGGGGGGUUGGCCUCCUAUAUCAAGACUGCCAGAGGACUCUUAGCAGAUUCCAAAGCAGGAAAGAACCCAUUCGAUGGCUUCACUCCCUCUGUUCCAACUGGUGAAGUUUUGACUUUUGGCGAUGAUAGCUUUGCCAGCUUUGAGGACAGAGGUGUAAGAGAAGCCCGAAAGGCUGCAUUUGUUCUUGUUGCUGGUGGGCUUGGGGAGCGGCUAGGAUAUAAUGGAAUUAAGGUGGCUCUUCCAGCAGAAACCACUACUGGAACAUGUUUCUUACAGAGUUACAUUGAAUACGUUUUGGCUCUUCAAGAAACUAGCAAUAGACUUGCAGGUGAAUGUCAAACAGAGAUUCCUUUUGUAAUAAUGACAUCAGAUGAUACUCAUACACGUACAGUAGAACUGUUGGAAUCAAAUUCUUAUUUUGGAAUGAAACCCUCACAAGUUAAACUUUUAAAACAGGAAAAAGUUGCUUGUUUGGAUGAUAAUGAGGCCAGGCUUGCCGUUGAUCCACAUAACAAAUAUAGGAUUCAGACCAAGCCUCAUGGCCACGGGGAUGUCCAUGCACUUCUGUACUCUAGUGGCCUUCUCAAAAAUUGGCACAAUGCUGGUUUAAGAUGGGUUCUCUUUUUCCAAGAUACAAAUGGGCUUCUAUUCAAGGCAAUUCCAGCUUCUUUGGGUGUAAGUGCUACAAGAGAGUACCAUGUUAAUUCUCUUGCUGUUCCACGCAAAGCAAAAGAAGCCAUUGGUGGAAUUACUCGUCUUACACACGCUGAUGGGAGGUCUAUGGUUAUCAAUGUGGAAUAUAAUCAGCUUGAUCCACUGCUUAGAGCAACUGGAUUUCCUGAUGGUGAUGUCAAUAAUGAAACCGGCUUCUCUCCUUUUCCAGGAAAUAUAAACCAACUAAUUUUAGAACUUGGUCCCUAUAUUGAGGAGCUGAGCAAAACAGGAGGUGCUAUAAAGGAGUUUGUCAAUCCCAAAUAUAAAGAUGCUAGCAAGACUUCUUUCAAGUCCUCAACCCGAUUGGAGUGUAUGAUGCAAGAUUAUCCAAAGACAUUACCUCCAUCAGCUAGAAUUGGAUUUACGGUGAUGGAUACCUGGCUUGCUUAUGCUCCAGUGAAGAAUAACCCCGAAGAUGCUGCUAAGGUACCGAAGGGAAACCCUUAUCACAGUGCUACUUCAGGGGAAAUGGCCAUCUACCGUGCAAAUAGCCUUAUUCUCAGAAAGGCAGGAGUUCAAGUAGCCGAUCCAGUUGAACAAGUGUUCAAUGGCCAAGAGGUUGAAGUCUGGCCUCGCAUCACAUGGAAACCGAAAUGGGGUUUGACCUUUUCAGAGAUAAAGAGCAGAGUUAGUGGAAAUUGCUCCAUUUCUCAGCGUUCUACCAUGGUUAUCAAGGGGAAAAACGUUUAUCUAAAAGAUCUCUCCUUGGAUGGAACUCUUAUUGUGAAUACAGCUGAAGAUGCUGAGGUAAAAGUGGAGGGUUCAGUGCAAAACAAGGGUUGGACACUCGAACCCGUUGAUUAUAAAGAUACUUCAGUGCCAGAGGAAAUAAGGAUUAGGGGCUUCAGAAUCAACAAAAUCGAGCAGGAAGAAAGAAACUGAGACUUGAACUUCAGCCUGCAAUACCUUGAAGGUGAAGUUCUUAUUCGUGGCGUUUGUUGGACCAGUUUUUGCUGUGAAAUAAUUUGUUUUCCUUACCUUAGGAAAAGAAAAUUUGUAACAUUUUUGAUUCUAUAAUAAAUAUGUAUGUUAAGUUGGUCUCAAAUAAUUUGGUUGAGCAAUAAUAAUAUUUUGAGAUGGAGAAUGAAAUUUCUA